GUAAAAUCAUUCUCAUGGCAGAAGCCACUCAAAAACUUGAAAAGAAAACUAAAUUAAAAGUAGGCAUAUGUAAGAGAAUUCGCAAUUUCUUCGCAAUGGUAGCACAUCUAAUAGCCAUUGGAUUCACAGGAUUUAUAAUCUACGAAGCAUGGCCUGGAUCAAGUCUGUUCUCCUGGCAUCCCACAUUGAUGACACUUGCUUUUGCAUUUCUGAUGUUUGAAGCUGUUAUCUUCUUCUCACCUGAAAGCUCUCUCCUUCCACAAGCCAGCAGAAAGGUGAAAACCAGCUACCAUUGGAUAACAAACACCAGUGCAUUAAUCGCUGCUGCUGUCGGAUUUACCGUCAUAGUUGUCAACAAAGCAAUAAACGACAAGCCACAUUUCAAGUCGUGGCACGGUUUCUUGGGCCUGAUCACUUUGAUUUACAGUGUAGUACAGGCCACGGGAGGAGUUCCUAUUCUUUAUCACAAGUUCUUCGCUGGAAGAUUUAAACUGGGUGAUCUUAAGUUGUACCACGCAACCUCUGGACUGAUUCUCUUCUGUCUGGUUUACGCUACGCUUGUUCUUGCGUUAUAUUCAAACUGGUUUACUGGGAAGGUUACCGGAAUCUGGUGGUAUGUAGCUCUUGGUUGCCCUGCAUGGCUAGCCCUCGUUGUCAUGAAUCAAGUUACAUCCGAAUAUCUACCUCGAGCCUUGAAGAAGCCCUCUCAACAGUACUGAAUACUGUACUUACAUAAAAUAUUGCUUUUAAUUUUUUUUAUUGAUUGAUAAAAUAAGUACAACAUUUUUACCCAUAAUGUACAGGUACCUUGUACAAGGUUAUCAUUAGGCAAGACUUUUUCUUAUAUCUGAUUAAGCAAACUUUAUCUUUACAAGGUCUUCUGAGGAUUGUGGAGAAAUAUUUAAAAAUACUGUAACAUUUUAUUUUCUUAGCAAAAUGUUUUACCAAAUGUUUCUAGGUGGAGGAGAAAAUAUAAUUUAAUUGAUGAAUAAAAAAUGAUAAAGUAUGAAAAUAAGUCUCCUCUUAACCAUCAGUAUAAAUUAUGACUAUUUUCCAAAUUAUAAUAUUGAUUAAUUAACAAAAAUGGAUAAUUAAAUUAUGGAUUGUACAGUGUUAAAGAUGCUAUUGUAGGUGCUAUCACAGUUCUUGUUGGUGAAAUAAAGUAUAAACAAAAAAUAAUCACUCCUUAACCAUUAGAAAUAUAAUAAUGGCUUUGAUUAUUUUAUCACCAAAUUAGGUUAUUAAAUGAUAAAUAAAAAAUAAAUUAGUUGUAGAAUACAUGUGUACAGUGGUAAGAGACGUUGUCAAUGUAAAUGAGGAUUUAUAUUUAUUUUAUUCCACAUGGCCAAGUAGUAUUACCAAUAGUGAAUUAAUCACUGUCCUGUUAGAUAGUUGGCAAUCCCUUCACAUGACGCACAUAUUAUCUGCACUAAAGGGUUUAUCAAUCUACAGUUUUAGCAAAUUUAUUUAUAACUUUUCUCAUGUGUGUAUUUUGGUGAAGUAUACAAUUUUACUGAAAGAGUAGUGUAAUUUAUUAAUUACCCGCUACUUUCACAUCAAAAUUUGUGAAUGCAAUGUUCCAUCAUCAAAUUACCCAUGUAUGUACUGUAUAUGAUUUAUUUCUAUUGUGUAAGUUUUCAUAUGUUUAUUUGUAUUGCAAAUAUUCUGUAUUAUAUCCAUGAAUUUGUAUGCAUUACUAAUGCUAUUGUAAAAAAAAACCUCAAAUUGAAACCCUGGGCUUCUUUGUUUUUUUGUUUUUUUUGUUUUUUUUGUUUUUUUUGUGAACUUUGGUUGGGCUUCUUUUCGAAGAUAAUUUUGCAAACUAAAAAGAAGGGCUUUAAUUUGAGAUGGGCUUCUUCUCGAGAUUAAGCCCAUCGGGCUUCUACUCGAGGUUUUACGGUACUUUGGCCUGUAUACAGUAGAUUAUAGUUGGUGCUAUGUAUCUAGCAAGAUGACUUAAUCUAAAAAAAUCUUUGAAAUAUGAAAAAAAACUGAAAUUUAAAUGAAAAAAAUCUAUUGAAGAGUAUGUUUAAGUUGAAACCCAAUGUAGUUGUUUAAUCGAAUCUGUUACUUCCAUUCACUCUCUAGUGUGUUACUGCAAAGUUACCGUACAAUCAUGGACCCAUGCGAAAAUAUAUUUACUAUUACUGUGCUAGCUACAGGCUUAGUAGCUGUCUAAUAGGGUUCAGCCUUAUUUCAAUGACUUCCCCUUUAUACCAUAUGGGCGAACGACGAUGGCUUGGGACUAUAAUGAGAGGUUUCUCACAUCUGUUCAAUUCUUGUUGAUCGGAUCGAAAUACCGUCCAAAAGACCGUUAAACCUCCAGUGAUUGUCAUGAUGUAUUCUAUUUUAAUAUUUUAUUUAAUUACCUCCACUCUCUAAAGGCCUGUUUACACUAUGACGAUAACGGUCAACGAUAAAAAUCUAAAAAGCAAUUGUUUGUAGAGAUAAUAAAAGAAAAAAGAUAGGUUUUUCACACUAGCACGAUUCGAUGACGAUUUAUCAUGUAUACGAUAAAAAAAUAUAAUUUCACAAAUCAAAUCAAAUGACGUCAUAGUCAUGGGAAAACGAUUAAAUCGUUUUUACUACUACGAUUUAUCGUUUCCCCAUGAUGAUGACAUCAUUUAUUUGUUUUGUGAAAAUAUUUUUUAUCGAAUACACGAUACACAUUAUUGAAUCAUGCUAGUGUGAAAACUUCUUUUUUUUUUUUUUUUUCUAUGUAAACAAUUGCUAUUUAGCUUUUUAACGUUGAUCAUUAUCGUCAUAAUGUAAGUAGGCCUUUAGCCUCAUUAAAAGACUUCUCUUUCGGCGUGGGGAGCAGCCCACCUUUAUUCUCAUUUUCUCAGUCAGGGUUUAACUAGCCAAAAACAAUAUUUAGCAAUUUGGCUAAUUCAGUAUGAAAAUAAUUAGCCAAAUAGAAAUUUUAUUAGCCAAAACAAAAGAAGAAUUACAGCUUUAAUUCCAUUAGCCUUUUGACUAAUUUUGAAUUAAAAUAUUUAGCAAAAUACAGCUUAAACACUGCUCAGUAUAUAUCUCAUACAAACAUACUCUUGUUAUAAGCUAUGUAUACAUAUGCAUACAUAUACACACACAUACAUACAUACAUAUACUCAAAGACUUAGUUUAUCAAGAAUCUUUCUAUCUUGUAAUUGGAGGAUGUUCUUGUUGGAUGCGUAUGAAAUGCGAAAAUAAAAAAUAAAGAAAAAGA